UAGUACACUUUUCCAAUCCCGCGAUAUAGUAUGUUUAUGUGCGAUUUAAAUUUCAGAAAAAAAACUAACUGACUGGUUGUGUUGAAUAUUGAAAAAUGAAAGUGCUUGUUCGUUAUUGAAUCAUGUUAGCACUAGAUUUCUAUUUGGUUUUGUUCCAAAUAGUUUUGUGAAACUGUGUGUUUUCUGUAUGUGGAUUAGUAAAGUUAGUGGGCUCAGAACUUGUUUUCAGGACUCUGUCGCUAUGUGUUUCAUCUGUCGAGGACCAUCAACUAUCAACAAGAGGACCUAAGACAAAUAGGAUAGGACGACACAAAUUCCUAGACGAAAGUGCUAUCAUUACAAGCACAGAUGGAAACAAACAUAGAGAAGCAGAGUGGGCAUCAUAGAACAAAAGAGGCCAGAAAACUACCAACAGGAUCUUCUGUAACUACAACCCAACCAUCAAAACUGCCACAAACUAUUAGUACAUGUUCAAAUCAACCCGAUGAAGAAAAUAGGGAGAAAGAUAAAAAUGGACUGAAAAAGAAGAAAAGAAAGAUAAGGAAGAGAUCAGUUUCUAGCUGUGGGCCUUCUCGGACUAGACCCAAUCUUACAAAGAUUGAUAUUGAACACUCAGAAAAUGAAGUCGAUCGCAAUCGUCCACCCGUAUGUAAAAAGAUGAAAAAAUCUCGAGAUUCAAUGUCAAGGUCACGGUUAAGAUCACAAUCAAGAAAUCGUCCAAACAAAGUUUUAGAUUUGCACAACUUUGAACUGACCAAGGCUAUGAUAAAGUUUUUCGAAUUUCUAGACGAGAGCAACAAAGAAUACAACGCAAACAAUAAAAAGCUACAGCACCGAUAUCUUUCUGUCAUAACAGGCAGGGGUUUACAUAGUAAAGGAGGCGUCGCAAAAAUUAAGCCCGCGGUUCAGGCAUAUUUAGAUAAGUAUAAUUACAAGCAUUACUGGAAAUCUGAAGGCGGCAUGGUAGUCAUUGAUUUGUUUAAGCCUUUGAGCCCAGUUCAGAUCAACAUUGAAAAAUAAUUUUGGAUACAUUUUUAUUACAUUUUCUGAAUAUGAAAACGGAAUUAAACUAAAGUAGCAAUAAAUAUAAAUAAAUGUAUAAGUUGUAAGUUGUCAUCUAGCAAAUACAGCUUUCUUCCAUGUCCUAUUAACUUAAAUAACAGUUUUAUUUCAAUAAUCCUUGAAAUAAUGUGAAGUUAAUAGAUGUUCUAUUCAAAAUGAUAUGUACAGAUAGAUAAGUGUAUACAAUUUUUCUUCAAA